GCUGAGACCUGCACUGCAAGAAGGGUCGCACGGCUCACACACGCAUCAUCAGCGAACUGCAGCCACACGCACGUGGUGCACAGCUCGCAGCCGCAGCGAUGGCGCAAGCAGAAGACAAACCCAGCUUUAAGCGCGCCCUGCUGGCGGGUGGCGCGGCGGGCUUCGCCGUCGACGUGUCGCUCUUCCCGAUCGACACGCUCAAGACGCGGCUCCAGGCGCCGGGCGGCUUCCGGCAGGCGGGAGGGUUCUCUGGUAUCUACCGGGGGCUCGGCGCGGCCGCCGCGGGGUCCGUGCCGGGCGCGGCGCUCUUCUUCACGGCCUACGAGCGCACGAAGCACACGCUCGGGGCCGAGAACACGUCCGCGCAAGUUUUAGCAGCGUCCGUGGGCGAGACCGUCGCUUGUUCCGUACGUGUCCCUGUCGAGAACGUCAAGCAGAACCAGCAGGCCGGCAAGAUCGACGCGAGGUUACUGAGCGGCGCGUCCCAAAUACUGAGGGAGAGCGGCGUCGGAGGCUUCUACCGCGGCUUCGGCGCCACAGUCGGCCGCGAGGUGCCCUUCGCCAUGAUCCAGAUGCCCCUGCUCGAGUCGGCGAAGCGGGCUUGGAGGAAUUAUAGAGGUGCUGAUCUCGAACCGUACCACGUCGCUCUAUGCGGCUGCGCGUCCGGCGGCUUCGCCGCUGCGGUCACUACGCCGUUGGAUGUGGUGAAGACGCGGCUGAUGCUCGGGGCCGACGCGAAGGGUUUGGCUUAUAACGGUGUGGCGGACGUGUUCUCGCGCGUCGUCAAGGAGGAGGGCGCGGCCGCGCUGCUGAGCGGCCUCUCGGCGCGCGUGUUUUGGAUCUCGCUCGGCGGGUUCCUGUUUUUUGGCGCCUACGACGCGGCGACGAGCCAGCUGAAGAAGCGCGGUGUUUAG